GCCUUAUCUGAUCAAUGCCUUUCCACUUCUUUAGGUUUCUUCUGUGAAGCACUGAAUGAGAAGUUCACAGGCUCCAUAUGUGAAAAGCUUGGUUAUUUCAAAAACGUUAGUCUUGGGUUGAGUGAUAUGCCCACACUAGACAAAGAAGGCACCGGUUCUUCUCUGGAAGUUCAAGUCUGGGAGCAAUGAUGGGUGAAUCUACUGUGGGUUUUCCAAUAGAUGCUGAUAAGAUGGGAGAGGUAGCUGGUACAGAUUCAUCAAAUCCUUCUUUGGAAGUGUCGGUUUCAUUUGGUAGGUUUGAGAAUGAUUCAUUAUCUUGGGAGAAAUGGUCGGCAUUUUCGCCAAAUAAGUACUUGGAAGAAGUGGAGAAGUGUGCUACUCCUGGUUCAGUAGCUCAGAAAAGGGCAUACUUUGAAGCUCAUUACAAGAGGAUAGCUGCUCGAAAAGCCGAGGAGCUUUUGGAACAAGAGAAGCAAAUGCAAGAUGGUGAGACCUUAAAGUCAGAUGAUCAAAACAAUGGAGAUCAGAUCUGUUGUGGUACGGAUUAUGGAAUUGAUACUAGUCUACCUAGUGUUCAAGGAAAUAGUUUAGAACCGAAUUUAGAGAAUGGGAUCUGUACUCAUGUGGAAGAUGUCAAGGAGGAUGAUGAGGAUGUUUUCACUAUGGAGUGUCAAACAUCAUCUAUUGAGGAAAGAAAGAUAGAGGAGACUGAUAGCGGAGUGGUUAGUCCCAAGACUCCACACUUGAACAGACCAGAGGAGCUGGUUUUGGUAAAGGAAGUGGAAGCUCUCACAGCUGACACUCAAGAAACAGUACAGGAAGUUCCAAAGACUUUGGAUAAUGAUACAGGCAAUGCUCCAGAAGUUAAAGACGAAAAGGCGAGAUUCGAUCUUCAGAAGAGACCUCAAAAGGUCACUCCUGUGAGCAAGGAGAGGAGAACUGUGGCUAAGAAGAAAUCAGUUUCACCAAUGACUAAAACCCCUCAGAAUCCGACCCCUAGAGUGUCGAAGUUGCCACAGAAGUCCACCACCCUAGUGUCAAAGAUGCCGCAGAAUACUACCCCUAGAGUGUCAAAGAUACUGCAGAAUACCACCCCUAGAGUGUCAAAGCCAAUGUCAGCUUCCCCUGGAGCAAAAUCUGCACCACGAUCUUCGGUUACAAAGGCCAAUGGUUCACCUUUAACUAGGAGCACAAAUUCGUCUAGCGGAAAAACUAAGAAAGUUCCUCCUAAAUCUUUGCACAUGUCAUUCAGUUUGGAUCCUAAAAAGUCUGAUCCAGCUACAGAAACUGUGGUCACAGCUAGAAAAUCUUUGAUUAUGGAGCAAAUGGGAGACAAGGACAUUGUCAAACGAGCAUUUAAGACAUUUCAAAACAGUGUCAACCAAUUGAAAUCGUCUAGUGAAGAGAAGCCUUCAACACCAAAGCAGCCAUCUACGAAGGUGAAAGAGCCAAAGGUUUCCACUUCUGUGUCUCUGCCUAAAGACAAUGGAGGUUGUUGUCAUAGGUCACUCAAAACGAGUUAUCAGGAUAAAAGAAAUGCUAAGGCUGCUCCAUCAUCUAUUGGAUUGAGAAGUGAAGAAAGAGCAGAGAAAAAGGAGAUUACAAACAAAUUAGCAAAACCCAAUGCCAGAGAUGCAGAGAGAACACACUCCCAACCAAAGUCAAAGGAGCAAACGGAGGCAGGGAUAAAAAAGCUAAGACAAAGUCUUAAGUCCAAGGCUACGCCUACGACUGAUUCUCAUCGGGGACAAAAGUUAUCGAAAAGUACUUCAGAAAAGCGAUUAUGGUAUAUGCAGGAGGGUCCUGAGCGAUAAACUUCGAUGAUCAAAUUUCUUAUGUAAAAGUUUAUCAUCAUCUACUGAUAAUACGUCAACUUCAGAAGAAGAUAGAAAAGAAUGAAGACACACAUGAAGGAAUAUCUAUCUUAGGAAUGGUCCAUGCCUAGACACUACUGCUUAGCUGUUGGUCAUAAUGAGUCACAAUCUGUAUAUCUGGAUGAGUUAGCACAGACUGCUUAUGUUAUCAAUCUUAUCUAGAAUGAUGGGGCAUGUUAAUAAUUUGCACAAGAUGAGAAACAGCUCAGAGCUUCAGAGAUUCAGUUACCUUUGAUUCCCCCUAUAGUUUUCAGAAUUAAAAAAAAGUUAUGUACCCGUUUUUGUAUAUUUGUA